UGCAUACCAACUAUCUAUACAUGUCCGCAGGGAGCAGAGCAUUCACUCGCCAAACGGUGUGCGAACUCUAACUUAGACCCUUUUUCUACAUAUAAACAGCAAAACUAUGCCUACCAUAGCUGGGCUUGCCUCAUAUGUUCUGAAACUGAUCGGCCACGACCUACAUGCACCAUACGUUUGAGGCAGAUAGGUCGUCAAGGGGGCUCCGACUUAUCCAUGUUUUCGUUCAAAAUAAUCGUGGAUGUGACAUCAGAAACUGGAAUAACAUUGAGGUCUCAAGCUGGACACGGCAUCGGUGGAUUGAAUGUUGAGGUAGCUUGUAGGUCUGAUGAUAGUGACUGCAAAGCUUUAGCUUGCCCAAAAGCUUAUGAAAAAGUUGGAAAUGAAUAUUCUGGGCAUAUAUGGCAGUGCACCUCGGCCAAAGGCUGCACAGUUUCAAC